CUCGUUUGUGCAUUUAGACUCUGAAGCUAUCGUCCUGGACAACAGGAGGAUUUAGACUCUGAAGAGACGCACAGCCGCCAAGCACACCGUCAACAUGCUGAUCCUCCUCGCCGCCAUCUUUGUCCUCCACAUCAUCGGCAUCAUCCUCCUCCUGGUGGCCACCAUCGACAAUGCCUGGUGGAUGACCGAGGGCCUGUCCACUGACGUGUGGUUCCGGUGGGUGCAGACGAACGGCGUGUGGAACACCACCGACAUCCCCACCGGCUUCCACUACCCGACGGACUACCUCCAGGCGGUGCAGGCCAGCUCGGUGUUGGCGUGCAUCUUCUCCAUCCUGGGCAUCUUCGUCUUCGUGGCUCAGCUCUUCACCCUCCCCAAAGGAGAGCGCUUCACCAUCUCGGGCAUCUUUCAGCUCCUUGCCUGCCUGUGCAUCAUGAUCGCAGCCUCCAUCUACACCGACAGAUUCCACCUCGACGAGAGGUUUGGCUGGUACGGCCACUGCUACAUCCUGGCGUGGAUCUCCUUCAGCAUCACGUUCAUCUCCUCCAUCACUUACUUUGUGCUCCGCAAGAAGACAGCGUGAGACGGACACUAGCACCCCCCCCCCCCCCCACCCCCGGAGCCUCUGGCUGGAUCUACCCUCCCAGCUGAAAUCUGGGUGUUUUUUAAAAAAGUCGCAGACGGUGUAAAACAUGUUUAUAUUUGCCUCGUCGUGGACGUCAGAUUUGAGCCGUUAGUGUAAAUUCAGCUUCAGAUAAAUUACCUCUUGACCUCUCAGAUACACACCGGUGUUUAAUUGAGCCCGCUGUCCGGGUCCCACGCCUGGCGGGGGGCGGGGGGGGGGGGUCACUCUACUCCAAUCAAUCACGUGUGUAUUUGGGGUGGAUUUCUAAGGCAUCGACAGAUUAUGAAUUAUUUGUGUUGUUAAUUUAACAAAGUUUGCCUUAUAAAUUAAGAUCUAUCCGUGUUGCUGGCUUUUAACUAAAGGCAGGUUGAAGAGUCUAAUUUGCGGUCUUUUGUUGUUGUUGUUGUUGUUGUUGUUGUUGUUCUAAUGUACAUUUACGAAUGGAUGAGUGUUGGAUAAAAAGGGGCGACUUUGAGAUUUUUGUUUAUCAAUUUUUUUCCCGUUAUAUUAUUAGUUUAUUUCAUUUCUCUGAUCAUAUUUUAAAUAACCAAACACAGUGACAAAAACGUGACCCGUGUGUGUGUGUGUGUGUGCGUGUGUGUGUGUGUGUGUGUGUGAGAGAGUCAAUGUGAAAUCAGUAAAAUAAUACAGCAGCUUUUGUUCUGUAACAUUCUGUCAUUAGGGGUACUAGUGUCGUCAUGACAACCACGGCGGCCGACUUGAACUCAUUUUCUGUCCGGGCCAUUCCAAAAAACAAUAUUUGAGAAUAUAUGAGAGACCCUGAGUCCCUCCAGCCUCGUUUUAUGACAGUAAAUCCACUCGUACAACAUCUUCCUGGCGGUUGCUCUGUGCGAGGCGACCCGUGAGAUAUCAUUUGUAAAUACGUCUUGUUUCCCAGAAUGCUCUCUGUGUCUAAUGCUGUUUUAUUUUUGCUACUGUUAUUGCUCAUUAUGGGAGGCAAUGACAAGGAUCUUUAUUAAAACUUGAUUUUCAACCAAA